UUUAACACCAUCGUGGCAGGGCUCAGGAAUGGAGGAGACGGUUUGGGAGCAGUACACUGUGACUGUACAGCGGGACUCUAAGAUGGGCUUUGGAAUUGCUGUGUCUGGGGGCCGGGACAAUCCAAACGUGGAGACCGGAGAGACGUCCAUCAUUGUGUCAGACGUGCUGCCAGGAGGACCGGCCGAUGGACUGCUCUUUGAGAAUGACCGCGUGGUACUGGUCAACACCAUCGCUAUGGAUAAUGUGCCUCAUUCAUUUGCUGUGCAGUCACUCCGAAAAUGUGGGAAAGUGGCCAAAAUAACUGUAAAGAGGCCUCGCAAGGUGGCUGUCCUGAAGCGCCCGCCGUCCCCGAGUGGGGAUAGCCGCGAUUACAACUUAUCCAGCUAUUAUCCCGAGGACAACCGCAGUGUUCACACUGACCCAGACUCUGAUUACCCUCGGGGAAACGGUGGCCUGGGCUACCCUCGUGACAGAGAGCCUGACCGCAGUCUCGAAAAGGGCCGGAUAGACUACCUGGAGCCGGAUUACCGCAGCCAGGACUACGACUCCCGGCGGGAAUGGAGCAGAGGCAGGAGCGCGGAGAGGUCGCCCAGCUCUGACAGCGGCUACCGCAGGGACGGCAGCCGGGGCCGGACGCUGGAGCGCGGAUCUAGCCCGGAGCCUCGCUAUAACAGGCAGCACAGUAGAGGCCGCGGCGGAGGAGGAAGCCCUGCUGGAAGCUAUGGGAGGGACAAAGGCUACGACACGCGAAAGUAUGACACACGUCCGGAUGACAAGAUGAUCAGGAGUCACAGCAGGGACCGGCUGCAGGAUCACUCCCCGUCACCCACCAGAGAGAGAGACAGAGGAAGAGACCGGUUCAACUAUGAGCCCCUGGAGCCGCCCAUAAAUGUCAUGCUGGUGAAAAACAGGCCCAAUGAAGAGUACGGCCUCCGGCUGGGCAGCCAGAUCUUCAUCAAAGAGAUGACCAGCACUGGAUUGGCUGCCAGAGAUGGAAAUCUCCAGGAGGGCGACAUCAUUCUUAAGAUCAACGGGACGGUGACUGAGAACCUCUCUCUGAGUGACGCUGGCAAGCUGAUUGAGAAAUCACGGGGCAGGCUGCAACUGGUGGUCCAGAGAGACCACCGACAGAUCCUGGUGCGCAUUCCUGCCCUGGCAGACAGCGACUCGGAGCCUGACGAUAUUUCUGAGAUGGAGUCGUACCAUUCCUACUCACCUCAAGAUGACCAAAGGUCACGCCAGUCUGACCUCUCCUCACACUCUUCCAAUGAUGUAGCACGAGAAAACGCCAGGGAGGAUCCUCAAAGUAGACUGGCAAAGACUGCUGUUUCAUCAUCUCCUUACAAAACUCCAGAGGAGCCACUUCCAGCCCACGAGGAGAGAGUAGAACCACAGGAAGAAGAACCACCACCAGCAAUAAAGACAACACCCAAGAUCCUGCUCAGACCGAGCCCAGAGGACGAGGCCAUUUAUGGGCCCAACACAGUGAUGGUGAGCUUUCAGAAAGGAGAGAGUGUUGGCUUGAGGUUGGCUGGAGGAAAUGAUGUGGGAAUAUUCAUAGCAGGAGUUCAGGAGGGCAGUCCGGCUGAAGAAGAAGGUCUCCGUGUUGGGGAUCAGAUUAUGAAGGUGAAUAACGUUGACUUUCGGGGCAUUGUGCGAGAGGAGGCCGUGCUGUUCCUGCUGGAGAUCCCACGGGGUGAGGUCGUGACCAUUUUGGCACAGAAUAAAACUGAGGUUUAUGAAGACAUCUUGGUGUCCGGUCGAGGGGACUCAUUUUUCAUCCGAACUCAUUUUGAGUAUGAGAAGGAGCUGCCUCACUGUCUCGCCUUCUCCCGGGGAGAGAUCUUCAAAGUGGUGGACACCUUAUAUGACGGCAAGCUGGGAAACUGGCUGGCCAUCCGCAUGGGCAAAGACAACAAGCUGCUGGAGAAGGGCAUCAUUCCCAGCAAGAGCAGAGCCGAGCAGAUGGCAAAUGUCCAGAACACGCAUAAGGGCUCAGGAAGUGACAGGGCCGACUUCUGGAGGCUACGUGGUCAGAGGGCGGCCAAGAAGAAAGAUGUGCGGAAGAGCCGAGAGGAAAGUUCUGCGGCCGUCUCCACCCGCUUCCCUGCCUAUGAGAGGGUGGUGCUGAGAGAAGCGGGAUUCCGAAGGCCGGUUGUGCUGUUUGGACCAAUCGCUGAUGCUGCCAGUGAAAAACUGGUCACGGAGCUUCCAGACGAGUUUGUUAUUGCCAAAACAGAACCCAAAGAUGCUGGGUCAGAGAAAUCCUCAGGAGUGGUUCGUCUCAACACUAUCCGACAGAUCAUUGAACAGGACAAGCACGCUCUCCUGGAUGUUACCCCUAAAGCGGUGGACACCCUAAACUACACGCAGUGGUACCCCAUAGUCAUCCUCUUCAGCCCGGACAGCAAACAUGGGGUGAAGGCGAUGAGACAGAGGAUCAUCCCCAGCUCUAACCGCAGUGCCCGCAAACUCUACGACCAGGCUCUGAAGCUCAGGAAAACCUGCUCACACCUGUUUACCGCUGUUAUCGAUCUGAACUCAGCUAAUGAUGCCUGGUACGGCAGUUUGAAGGAGACCAUACGAGACCAGCAGACCCAUGCUGUGUGGGUCUCAGAGGGGAAGCUGGACGGGACGGAGGGGGACCUUGACGUUCAUGGCGAUCGCAUGUCAUAUCUCUCGGCCAUGAGUGCUGACUAUCUCAGCAUGGACAGCCGGCUGACCAGCGACUAUGACGACACGGCGGAUGAGGCCGGGACUUACACAGAUAACGAAACGGACGAGCCACUCGAUCGCCAGCUGGUGUCGGCCAUUAGCCGCUCCUCUGAGCCAGUCAUGCCAGAGGAGGUUAGAGCACACAUCCGUUACGACCCCUCUCGAAACUACGACUCUCGUUCAAGCAGUCCCGUGAGCAGCGAGCACCCGCGCAGCCAGGACUCUCCUGCAAAAACCAAACCCCUGCCUCCCCCCAAAGCUCUCAAACCUACCUGCGUGUCCCGCAGCUCCAGAGGCCUCGUAAACAGCCCCCCGGCACGGGACAGCAAACCUCUGGAGCACAGCCCUGACGAUCCCUCUCAGAGGACUUUCCUGGGCAAAGUGAAGGCAUUUGAGCAGAUGGAUCACUUGGCCCGGACACAGAGAGUCCUGGAGAUCCAAGAGGCCCAGAACGCCAGGUUGGAGAUUGCACAGAAACAUCCAGACAUUUAUGCCGUCCCCAUGAAAUCUCAGAAACUGGACCACAGUAGGCCACAACCUAUCGGCUCCAGUGCGCGACCAGAGCCCCAGACGCCUCCUUGCAAGCUGCCAUACUCAGAGAGCCGCCCGCUCGGCCUCAGCGAGGAGCCCGGAGAGGAGUUUCGACAUCAGCUGGCGGAGCAGACCAAGCGCGGCUAUUACACCACCACACAAAAGUAUCAGGACACUGAGCUGUAGAGUUGCUCUGCUUCGGCUCACCGCACAGCUUCACCAUUCCACCGGGGCGCCGCCCUGCACCAAAACUGCUGCUGACUUGGAAGUCCCAUUUGCUUUUAAGUUUCCCAUGCAUAUAUUUGUCUUUUUCACUUCAGAGAAGUUCAACAUUCUGUCCACGAGGAUAGAAUCUUAUUAUUUUAUUUAUAUAUAUCUGCAUUAGUUUUGUUUCCCUUCUUGUGAUCAGAGAAUCAUGUUUUCUUGCCUAUGCAAUUUUUUAAGUUUUUGCAACGCAACAGAAACUUCUCUCUCUCUCUCUUCGCUCCAUGAAAACCUUAAACCUGUCAUGUGCUACAGACCAGCUUUUUGUUACUUUCUUUUUAUAAGCCUGAUGAAGCAAAACUCUUUUGAAAUGUCACUCUCUUCAAGGUUUAUACUAUCUUUGCAUUCCUUCAUUUCUGAUCAUGUGUGUAUAUGAUGUGAGACAAUACACUGGAUUUUGUUACAACGUUUUGAAGUGCCUUUUACUUUCCGAAUAACGUUGGAGGUUUGUGGACUUGACAAUCCAGCCCUCUGGACAAUAUUUUUGCUGCUUACAGCUCCAAGGAAAAACAGGGAAACGUCAACACCAAAACCCUUAAUACCGUCCGCCCGUAUCCUCAGUGUAGCGACAGCAACGACUGACGAGUUUCCAAAGGGACGCUUCACCAAUCAGGUUGAUGCUGAUUGGUUUGAGUGAUUGAAAUUGCUGUGGUCACGGUUUGUCUUAUUUCAACCCCACCGCAUUAUGUUUUUAACGAGCUUGAUUGUACAUUGGUCCGCUUUACCUCCACAUAUUGGUUCAAAGUGCUUCUAAAACUUGUGGAUUAUAUUUUAAUGGCUUCCACUGUGUGUGAGGGUCACAAGCCCAGAGAAUAUUCCCUGGACAUUUACGUUCAGGUCUACUGUGGAAUUUCACUCUACUACACCAAAUAAAAUAAACUAUAUUGACAUUA